UGUGUACGUAUGUAUUAUUGUUAUGUAUUCAUUUCCAAAGCGCACCAAAAACUGAUUGUAUAUAUGUAUGUGCAUACAUAUACAUGUGCUAGCGGUUCAAUAUUUAACUCAAUACAUACAAUCGCAAUUCUUCACAAACGGCCAACGGCAUCGGUUGAAGCGACCAAAGUAACGCCUGAACUAGACACUAAGCCAUGCCGUCAUGGCAUUUCGUCGCUUUUGUAAAUCCUUACUCUAUGGUUUGCCGCUAGGCAUUACGUUCCUGGACUGUGUCGGCUAUGUGGCCAGAGUUGACGGCACGUCCAUGCAACCCGCUCUCAAUCCAGUCGCCGAGGAGCGUGACUAUGUGUUCCUGCUGCGCUGGGGCAUACACAACAGUGCUGUCGAGCGGGGCGAUAUCAUCUCAUUAAUCUCGCCCAAGGAUCCAGCGCAAAAGAUCAUCAAACGUGUGGUGGGCAUGCAAGGCGAUGUGGUCUCCACGCUGGGCUACAAGCACGAAAUAGUGCGUGUACCCGACGGCCACUGUUGGGUCGAGGGCGAUCAUACUGGACACUCUCUAGACAGCAACACGUUCGGCCCAGUGGCCAUGGGCCUGAUGUCGGCUCGAGCGGUGGCAAUUGUUUGGCCGCCGGAACGUUGGAGACUACUAAAGAACGAACUACCCCGACGACGGCGACCCGUACAGGUGGCAAAGGCCAGCUACUAUAGCUAGGCCAAAGACUGAGUCCCGUAUGCUGUUGGUACCAUUUAGUAGUCACACUGUUUGUACAUAUACAUAUAUAUCUAUAUAUAUUUUAUUAUCAGUUUUGUGUUCAUAGAUACGUCUGCCGAACCAUGUUCA